UAGUGCGACUGUGCGAGGCGCGAGCAACGAAGCUGCAAAGUUCGAAAAAAACUUACGAACUAUAUAAAUUUAGUCUUAAUAUUUUAUUGUGAUUUUUAAUUUAUCUAUUGAAGAAUAGAACAUUAAUUUUAACAUAGAUUUGUAAAAACUAGUUACAAAUAUGAGUAAACUAAACAAAUUCAUAAGUUACACUAUAAGAGGAGCAUUAUUCGGAGCCACCAUAUUCGGUUCAUCAGAAUUAGGUAUAUGGAAAGAUGGUGAAACAUCACGUGAAGUAGCAAAAAUCAUUAUUGCAAUUUUAACUCCUAUUGCCAAAAAAGCAGAAUCUGAAAUGCCAGCACAAGUAAAAUUAUUGCCUUCUGUAGAAAAUUUAAAAUCCACGUCUACGGCAUGUUGGAACAAAGGUGUGUACAAUGCCGGCGAGUUUGUUAUUGAUGUUCCUAACAAAUGUGUCUGAGCGGCAAAUAAAGCAUAUCAACUGGUUGAGGUACAAGUGAAUAAAUCUAAGGAAAAUUAAUAAUGAUCUAUUAUCAUAUUGAGUAAAUAAAACUAUGUAUCAUGCUAAUAUCCAAUAGCAAUUUGUUCUGUUACUACUUAUGAUUUGUUUUUGUAAGACAUUGAGUAGAUAAUUUGUUAAACUGUACUUAACUCAUUCAAUAUAGAGCAAUUAUAAUUAUAAAACAAUUAUUUUUGAUUACAAAUAUAACAUUGGUCAACAUUGUA